ACAAUGAAUGCAGGCCUGAUGGACGUACGACGCUGAGGGCCGCCAUGGCCCCUGCAGUGACCCCGAGAAAGAGACCCCCACCCUCCCCCGGACUGCUAAUUAUUGGUCGAUGUGCAGCAUCUACAGGAUGAUUGACAGCUGCUCCUCCUGAACCCCAGGAUGCCUGUGGUGCCAGUGGGCGGAGCAUCCUCCUCCCAGCACGUCGUACCUGUUGCCCUCACCUGCUCCUGGCUGCUUCUGCUCUUCCACGCCGCCUUUGGACAGAAACCUGCCAAGCUGCCCUUGAUCGGCCGGAAGCCCUUCAUUGCGGCCUGGAACGCCCCGUUGGACAUGUGCACCAUCAAGUACAACAUCACCACCAACCUUGACCGCCUCUUCCAUAUCCACGGGAGCCCACGUGCUGACUGGACCGGCCAGAACGUCACCAUCUUCUACGCCAAUCGGCUGGGCUAUUACCCUCAUUACACGCCGCAGGGCGCUGCGGUGCAUGGUGGCCUACCGCAGAACUGCAGCCUGGACAUGCACCUGUUCAAGGCCUACCAGGACAUCAACCACUUCAUCCCUGCAGAGGACUUCCGCGGCCUGGCUGUCAUUGACUGGGAGUUCUGGCGGCCUCAGUGGAACCGGAACUGGCACAAGAAGGACAUCUACCGGCAAAAGUCGAGGGAACUGACCGCCAAGGCAUAUGUGAAUGUGACAGCGGCGCAGGUGGAGGAGCUGGCACGGCGGCGGUUUGAGAAAAGUGCCAGGGCCUUCAUGCAGAGGACUAUUCAGCUGGGGACUCGCCUUCGCCCCAAUGGCCUCUGGGGUUUCUACCUCUACCCCGACUGCCACAACUACAACCUGCAUGAUCAGAACUACACGGGCUUCUGCCCCCUGCUGGAGAGGAUGAGGAACGACGAGCUGCUGUGGUUGUGGAACAGCAGCACGGCGCUCUUUCCCUCUGUGGCCAUCAGGAAAGGUCACACCAACAGCAUCAGCAACCUGCACUUCUCCCAGCACAGGAUCAGAGAGUCGCUCCGCAUUGCCUCGCUGACCUCGAAGGAGUACGACCUCCCCACCUACGUGUACCUGAGGCUGGGAUACCGAGACGAGGCCCUGGCCUUCCUCACCUCAAAAGACUUGAUCCACACCAUCGGGGAGAGCGCCGCCCUGGGAGCUGCUGGAUUUGUCAUCUGGGGCGACCUGAACUUGACCUCAUCCAGGGCUAACUGCACCAAGGUGAGGACCUUCCUGAGCCACCGCCUGGGUCAGUACAUCAUCAACGUGACACGAGCCGCCGAGGUCUGCAGCGACUUCCUGUGCCAGGGGAACGGCCGCUGCGUCCGCCGGGACCCCCGCGCCCGCCAUUACCUCCACCUCAGCGCCAACAGCUACCACAUCCGGCCCUCUGGCAAUGGGGACUUUGCUGUCACCGGGUGGCACUCUCAACACGAACUGGAGCUGCUAAGUGAGAGGUUUCGCUGCCACUGCUACGAAGGCCACGAGGGCGAAAGAUGUGAGAGCAUCAACAAAGUGAAGGAGGACGACGGGCCGUGGAGGACAGGGGAGGAAGACGAGCAGGAGAGGAGGAGAACGGCGUGGGAGGAUGAACAGGAUGACCAGGUGGAGGCAGGGCAGAGUGGUGCACCGCCAGCUGCCUGCAGCCUUCACACGAUGUUGCUGAUGCUCCUGUUAAACUUAUCGUUAGUAAAAACAGUCGUAUGAUGCAGCCUGACAGUAGGAGGAGUCAUUUUUCAACACAGCUGUGUACAGAUGUUACUUUUCCACACACAGUUACUACAGUGUUUUUGAUUUAAGAUGGAGACAGACUUGAAUCCUGGACGUUGCCAUUUCACCCUCCGUACCACCAUCAGCACCCAAACACAUACCAGGGCUGCAACUAAUUAUUAUUUUAUCAUCAGCUAAUCUAUAGUUUGUUCCAGUUUCCAGUUUAGCAUGUUAGCAUGCUGGCUGGCAUGAGGCUGACACUUUGUAUUUACCAUACAGACGUGACAGUGAUAUCAGUCUAAUUAGUCUCAGUGAAAAAGAAAUUUAGAGUAUUUUUAUUGUUUCUUUAACUCUGACGUUGCUGCUGAGUGGUAGAGGAACUUUUAAAGCGAGUGGUCGUCAGUGUGAAAUGAAAACAAUAAAAACAAAGGAUAUUUUGACAGCUGCUGCGCUGAAAAGUUACACAUGUAAAAAAAAAAUGAUUGUGAUACAGUUUAACCAGGUGAACUAUGUUUGACUUCUGUAACAAUCUGCACUGCCUCUUCGGCCAACAGCUGCAUCUGGUCUUCCAGGAAUGUUUAUCAGUAAAUGCGGAAAGUUUGUUAAACUGUUGUAAAAGUUUGACGUGGAUCCGCUCAUGGUAAAAUCUGGCUCCCUGCAGGAUGAUCCUCCAGUUUUAUUUGUUUUUGUCUGGUCUUUCAGUGGAAACCACACGGUGCUAAUAUACCACACAGCCAAGUGUAGAGAGAUAGUCACUAAGAUCUGAUGCUUGGUUUGUGGUAGUUUUAAAGACGUCCGUAAAGAAUUACCGUUUAUCUUUGAUGGUGUGAAACAACAAUAAGCUGUUAUUCCGCUUGUUAUUUUUUAUAAUGUGUUUUGAACUGUUUCUUAUAUCAUAUUCUUGAAUUACAGCCUGUCAGGAAACGCCACGUUUGACCCUGUUGGGACGCGUGCACGUUAUGGGUGCUCUUGACAUCCAAAUAUUACGUAUCUGUAUCUAUUCUUUUAUGUUUGUUGGGUUUAUUACUUAAAAAUCCUUAGUAUAGAGGAUAUGGUCUGUUUUUCAAUGAUUAUGUAGAGGUCAGUGUUUCUAUAUCUCAGUUUGGAGGAAUCAGAUCAACAGGAUGUUUAGUUUUUGAUUUUAUUUCAUCUCACUGUGGCUAACAAACAGCUGCUGUCCCUGAAGCUGAUGUACAGUACUGUAGUUAUGAGGAAACACUGAACAGGAUGUAAAAUAUGGCACAUACUAUAUCUGAAUACAUGACUCAGCAUCUCUCUGCGGUUUAAUGGUUCUUCAAAGCCUACUUCUUGCCGUAGAGAAGAAAAUAAAGUGUCUCCUGCUAAAAACAAAACAAAAUACCUGAACACGUCAGAGUUUACGUCAGACUUUAUCAAGUUUCUCUCACGAGCUGCAUUGUGCGUUUUUCUGUGGAGGCCUGCAAACGAAAGGCACAGCAAUCUGCUGAAAAAGGAUUUUAGAGAAACUGAAAGACCUGUCCACACCAUGUGUUGUGUGUUCAAAUGCUAAAGAGGCUGCUUAGUUUACUUGACGAGGACCCUCUGCUUUCGAUCACUCGUGUGUGUCAGGAACAAAGGGUGGAAGAAGUGUUAAGUUGCCACAAAAACCAAAACACCAAACACUCAAACACAGUUUGAGAGGUAGAAAAUAAAACGCAGGGCAGCCCAUGAUUCCACAAAGCAGCAAACUAAAAAUGACAAAAUUUCCCAGCUUGCUUUGGACCUUUUGUCAGCAGAUGAAGUGUAUUUUAGAGAUGUCGCACACACGACAAAUGAAGGUUGAGUUUCUGUAACUUUCUGGUUUUUAAAGCAUCAUUGGUUCAUGAGUCUCUGUGACACUGAUCCUGGUUUAAACUAAAUCAGUUUUCAACUCAAACCAGCCUUCAGGUGAGUUUCACCUCUCUCAUCAUGACGCAGUGACUGACAGUGGCUUUUUUUUCUUAUGGUGGUAAACCAAAUAUGCAAUGCGGACUAUGCAACACAUGAAAAAAUGUUACCUGAAUGUAAAUGCACUGCAAAUAAACACUUUUCUUCUGUA